AAUGUGUCAAGGUCAACGCGGGUUCAUUAAAAUGUUUAAAAGGCCGGGGAAGGGUUGCUUAAUGACGUUUCUAGUACUUACCUCGUUAAUUUACAAGUCAUCAGAAAUAGGUUCAGUUACACCAGAAAUUAUUGUACUAGAUACCAAUGGAAAUCAAAAAGAAUUGGAUGGGAUCGCUAUUGUUUACAAUUCCUACGUCACUUUAAUUUGCCGUACAGUAUCUGACGAACACAUUCUAAGAUGGCUGUAUGCACCAUCACAAGAUGAAACGUUUACGCCAUUAAAUAAUACAGGCCAUAUUACCAUUUCGUCUCAAAAAAAUGAGGAAGUAUCGUUGCUGCUCGUCAGCGUUCAGUUUAAUAUGUCGGGCGUAUAUCAGUGUACUAAUGGACUUGCCAGUCGUCAGAUAGACGUUCACGUUUAUGGAGUUUUAAACAAGAUUAGUAGUACUGUCCACUUGAUAAAAAAACAUGAGGUGGUUGGUGCUUACAGUCUUCAGAUUAACACAAUAAAUUCAAGUUAUCAUCCUGUUAUUGCAUGUGAAUUCCGAGUUGGUUCAAAUGGCAUAAGAUACACUACUGUCCGUUGGAGAGGCGGAAAGUAUCAUGUUAAACCCAAUCUUUACAAAGUUACUGAGAGUCGAGACGAAAUGUCUGGCAUAAUAUGGAGUAAUUUGACAUUGCUUCAUCCUUCCUAUGACCAAGAACUAUACGGAAAAUAUUAUUGCAUGUUCAAUAUUGUGCCUGGUACUAUGGAGACAGCUGAAUUACAAAUAAGCAUUCCACCAUUGAUACACAAAAAUGAACGUAGUGUAAAUCUAUAUUCUGGUGUGAAAUACGCUUACUUCUGUGAUAUUAUUGCCUAUCCACCAAUCACUGAACCUAUUUCAUGGAUGAGGAACGAUGUUCCUCUAGUAAUCCAACAUAAUGGUCGAGUUACUGUUCAUGAUAAUUCUGAAAAUCGUAUACAUUUUGAAAGUAAAAACGUUCUCAAUGAUCAAAUCGUAUUCGAUACAAUACAACCAGAUGAUAGAGCUGUCUAUUCAUGUUUUGUUCGUGGAGCAUUUGGAAAUGAUACAGCAGCUUUCUUUUUACGAGUAAAAGAUCGUCGUGCUCCUCUAUGGCCUUUAAUUGGUAUUAUCCUAGAAGUGGUAGUUUUGUUCAUAAUUAUUUUAAUUUAUGAAUUAAAACGCCGUGAGCGUACUAAACGAGAAGAAGCUGGAGAAAAUUUGGUCACAUCUAGCAAAAUGCCAAAUACAGAGUAUGGAAUUGAUGAAGCGAGUGAGAAUAUGUUAUUACGACAACGAGGUGAUCGUCACUAGGACAACAUGUCAAAAUUCCAUCAUCAUUGUAUUAAACCAUUUUACAUAAAAUCCAAUGUAUUUUCACAUACACGUACACAUACGCUUUCUAUGAUGGAAAUAUGUUUUUAUUUUUUUCUUUUCUCAGAAUAUUAUUCACUAUACAGUAGCAAUUUUCUUAUUACAUUAUUAUAUAUUUUACAGAUUAUGUUAUUUAUUACGUAAUUAUCUUUCAGAUGGUUUUCAUAUUAUCAUCAUUCAUUCGACAUAAUAUUUCGACAUUGAUUGAUGCUCAUGGUGCAUUUUUUUUCUUCAAUGAUUUCCUCAUAUUGUUAUGAUCCUUGAAUGUGAUAUAUAUAUAAAUAUAUACUACUGUCGGCUCACUACUCAUUCUUAUAUGUAUAAAUGGAAAUUAUUCACAUAAUUACAAAUUUCUUCAUCCUACUUUACACACAAUUAUACGCUUUGCAUAUCAUAAUGCACUGUAUCUUCCCUUUAAUAUUAUGAUUUUGUCUUUUCUAAUAAAAUAUGCAUUUAAAUCCUUAUACACAAUGGUUUUUUUAAAAAAAGAAAAUGAAUUAUUAGUUUAUACAAAUGUUUUUUCUUAGGGAUUUAUUCGUAUUAAAUUCUACUGUUCUUUUUUUUGUUAUCUCCCUUUCAUAUUUCUCUUUUCUUUUCUUUAUACCUAUCUACCUAUACUUUUCAUAUUGUUAUCAUUGCUAUUAUUAUUAUUAUUAUUAUUAUUCAUUUAUCUCCUAUAAUUUCUAGUCAUUUAUGAAUUCAUUUCCAUGAUAGAUAGAGAUUUAGAUUACUAUUAUUAUUAUUAUUAACACACCCAAUGAAUUAUUACGAUUAUCAUUGUUAAUAUUAUUUUGGACUAUUAUAUAAAAGCUGUUAAUUUAACAUUCUCUGUCUCUUAAAAACAUACACACGCACAUUUCUUUUUCUUUGGCCUUUAUUCACAAAAUUUCCUCCUUAAAAUUUUUUUACCUUGUUAAUAUUCAAUUAAUAAUAUUUUCCUUUGUUCAAUUGUUUAAUAUGACAAAAAAGGAGAAUACACUUUUAGUAUAUAGUAAUUUAUAGGAGCGUAUCUGUUUUUAUUUCUUAAUGAGUUUAUUUAAACUUGCAUGUUAAUUUGGGGUUUUUGGUUUAUUUUGUGCGUAACAUCGAUACAGAGUUGAAGCAAUAGAUUCCUAGUUGGGCAAAAACACCUUAGUGCUGUACUUUUUUUAACGAUUGAAUUGUUUAAAACUUUAUUUGUUCAUUGUUAAA